CCCCUUGUUGUCACGGCGCCGUGCGGGGCUGGGGCUCUUCGCGCCGCCGUUGUUGCCGCCGCCGCCACCGCCACCGCCUCGGGCGCCCGGCAAGGAGCGAUUCCUCCGGCUCCGCCGCCCGCUCUCCCGGCGCGGGUGAGACGCCAUGGCCACUAGCACCACGGGCUCCACGCUGUUGCAGCCCCUCAGCAACGCCGUGCGCCUGCCCGUCGACCAGGUCAACUUCGUAGUGUGCCAACUGUUUGCCUUGCUUGCGGCUAUUUGGUUUCGAACAUACCUUCAUUCAAGCAAAACUAGCCCAUUUAUAAGACAUGUUGUUGCAACCCUCUUGGGCCUUUAUCUUGCACUUUUUUGUUUUGGAUGGUAUGCCUUACAUUUUGUUAUACAAAGUGGAAUUUCCUACUAUCUCAUGAUCAUUAUAGGAGUGGAAAACAUGCACAAGUAUUGCUUUGUUUUUGCUUUGGGAUACCUCACUGUGUGCCAAAUUACUAGAGUCUAUAUCUUUGAUUAUGGACAGUAUUCUGCUGACUUUUCUGGUCCAAUGAUGAUAAUUACACAGAAGAUCACUAGUUUGGCAUUUGAGAUUCAUGAUGGUAUGUUUCGAAAAAAUGAAGAUUUGACACCAUCACAGAGGUGUUUGGCUGUAAGACGCAUGCCAAGUCUACUGGAAUAUUUAAGUUACAACUGUAAUUUCAUGGGUAUCCUGGCAGGCCCGUUAUGCUCUUACAAAGACUAUAUUACUUUCAUUGAAGGCAGAUCAUACCAACUGCAACAGUCUGAAGCAAAUGGGAAGGAAGAUACAAAAUAUGAACAAACGGAUCCUUCUCCAAAUAUAGCUGUGGCACAGAAGCUCUUAAUCUGUGGACUGUCCUUACUCUUUCACAUGACUAUUACAAAAACAUUGCCUGUGGAAUACAACAUUGAUGAGAACUUCAGAGCUACAGCAUCGUGGCCCGUAAGAGUUUUCUACCUAUACUUGUCUCUUAUGGCUGCCAGACCCAAGUAUUAUUUUGCAUGGACUUUAGCAGAUGCAAUUAAUAAUGCAGCAGGAUUUGGUUUUAGAGGCUACGACAAAAAUGGAGUUACGCGUUGGGAUCUAAUAUCAAAUCUGAGAAUCCAGCAGAUAGAGUCUUCCACAAGCUUCAAGAUGUUUCUUGAUAACUGGAAUAUCCAAACAGCUCUUUGGCUUAAAAGAGUGUGCUACGAGCGAGCCACCUUCAGUCCAACAAUCCAGACGUUCAUCCUUUCUGCCAUUUGGCAUGGGGUUUACCCAGGAUAUUACUUAACAUUUUUAACAGGAGUGCUAAUGACGCUGGCAGCACGAGCUAUCAGAAACAAUAUCAGACACUAUUUUGUUGAAUCUUCUGCUGUUAAACUAUGUUAUGAUAUUAUAACAUGGAUGACAACGCAAGUAGCAAUAAGUUACACAGUUGUGCCAUUUGUACUGCUGUCUGUGAAACCCUCUUUCACCUUUUACAGCUCCUGCUAUUUCUGUCUUCAUAUCGCCAGCAUCCUGGUGUUGUUGGUAUUUCCAUUGAAAAGAACUCAAAAAGGAAAUAAAAAGCAUGAAAGCGUCCAGCCGGCGUGGUCCAAAAAACUAGAAGAAGAAAAUCUUUUGCAAAAGAACAGUUAUUCCACAACAAAUAAUAGUUUCAGUCAGAAAGAAGAAAUAACCUGCAGAUAUGAAGCACUAAAGCAGUGAUUGAGGAGUAUUAUGAUCAAUAUAUUUUGUAUGUUUUCAGAAACCCAUUUUUAGCACCUUUUAAAGGGGUUUGUAUUUGUUUGCAAAGAUGUUUAGUAUGACAAGAAUGCAUUACCUAGGAAAAUCACAUACAAUAGCAAGACUGGAAACAAAACAGAUUAACCCCUCCCAUGCCAUGUCCCGGUGGGUCACGCCUUAUAUGAAGAUAUUACCAUUCUUUCAAUGGGCACUCAGGACUUGCAACGUAUGUCCAUAGGGUCAUAUGUGUGCCCUCUGCUGAAUGUACGUUGUGUAUCCCAAGGCACUGAUGGGGUGAAAUGAAAUCGUGUCAAUCUAGGAUUAACAAAUGGAAAUUGAUUUUUCCAAAUGAAUGACUUGCCUUAAACCCUCUAUUUACUGAAACAUUGUUUCUAAGCGGUAUUUUCAAGUCUGAUUUUGUGGAAAGUAUUUCAAAUAUUUACUACUAUAUGCUAUAAAGAAGAUAAAAUAUGAAAUGCAGAGUCAUUGGAAGGUUUUUGAACCUCUUCUCUAAAGGGAAUUGCAAUAAGCAUCUCAGUAUUUGGAGGGUUUUCUUAAAGUAUCUCAAACAAUUACAGUACAUUAUGGAACUGUAAACAUUACUGAUGCCAAAUCAUAGUUAGGUUUCUGUGACAGAAUCUAAUGAAGCAUAGCCCUUCUGAACAGAUUAAAAAAAAAAGUCAUCUCAAGCUUCUCCUUUUCCAGGGCUUCACAGCUCUAGGUUAGGUUUCCUUUAAUUUUGAGUACAUAAAAACAACAAAAAACACCACUGAGUGGGCUUUGCAGUUGGGGAAGGAAAGGCAGCCAAAGGAUGCUGAGGACAAUGUGCAAGCACCAGAACUUCAAUGGAAAUUUGUUUUCACCCUUAAGUACCAGAAAUAUUUGUCCUAGAAUAUAAUUGUUUUUAUCAAAAAAGAGGUUUUAGUACUUAAAAAAAAGUAAUUUUGAGUUUUAAGGCAUACAGUAGUUGAUGAUGCUAGCAGUAAUUAACUUGAGAUCUAGUUCACAAUCAAAUAUGAAAUCACCAUGAUGAACAAGAUCUGUAUGCUUGAUCACUGAUUUCCCUUAAUGCAAAGAAGUGUAUGAACCAGGGGAAAAGAUUUUUCUUUAAAUUAGAAUGUUAGAUGCAGGUUUCACAUGGCACUUGUAGGUAAAAUAAUGAAAGCAAGAAAUGCGUGAGGAUGUGUAACUGACUGAAUCAUGGCAGAAAGUCAGGGGAACCAUGCAUUGGUUCUGUCUGCGCCAGACCAGGUGUUGAGAUGAUGGUCACUGCUGGAGUGCUGUUUUAAAGGGCUACAUUGUAAUUGUUUGUAUUCUGUGUGAUCUUUUUUCUUUUUCUUUUAGUAAGCACAACUGCUUACCCACACCUAUGGGCUUUAAAGAUAAAACAAAGUACUGCUGGGGAAAAAUCACACGGCUCGUUGGGUAACCUAUGAACGAGUGAAAACAAAUAUGUCAUGCUGUUUUGAUCCUGAUAUUUUUGAUCAAACAUCUGGCACCAGUGAGGUCAGUAUUCCCACUCCAGGGUCAGUGUUGCAUUCCAGGGAAACUGCAGUGGUCGUUCUCAGCUCUGGGGGCAUUGCUGUGCAGAAAUAUCACAGUAUUUGUCCCGUUUGCUCUCCAAAAACCAAAUCCUCAGUCAAGUCUCUGUGACCUCACUGUCGUAAUUCUGUGUCUGGCCUUUGGCUCCUUGCUUGAAACUUCAGGAGGAAAACAUACUUUUUGUUGUUAGCACUUAGCAUACUUCUUGUAGGUUAGCACUAAAUAACUAACUAUUUAAGUAACUAAUUAACUAAUUAACACUUGGAAAGGUGGAACCAAAUGUGAAAUGAGUCUUAGAUAGGCAGGGAUGUUCGUUGUUUCAGUGACGGCUGUAUUAUCUUAAAAAGAAAAAAAAUCAGGUUUCUGAAUCCUUAUGUUGGUCAUACAAGCAGGCUUCCCCUUUGCAUGGGACAGCCACUGUCAUCAGAUGUGUUUUUGAAACAGCAUUUUUUCUUCCAUUGUUUGUAAAUAAGGGCACACUAAUUUCUUUAUGCUUAUUUAUCCUCACUGGAGAUAGAAUCAGGAAAAAUGUUGUCCACUUUCUGUUCUUGGAAGGAUAUUUACAUUAAAUAACAAAUGGAACUGCAGUCUUGUAGGUGAGUAGAUUUUGGGUUGGUUCUUUUAGUAUUUGCUGCUGUUGAGUUUAAAUUCUCCUUCUAGUUGGUGCAGGCCACGUAUCUCCUCAAAGGAGAUGGCUUGGAUGCCAGUGCUCCUGAUGUGCCACUUUCCAUUAAUAUUCUGGUACUCCUGUUUCCUUCUUCUGGCAUGAGUGCCACUGCAUGCAGUGAAAGCGUCUGAGUUCUUGAUUAAGAAAGAUGAAAACAGUUGUAAGCAACCCCCAGAAAAUAAGCUGAAUUAGGCUGUGAAGUCUGGUACUUCGACAUGAGCAAAUGCACAGAUACAGUUUUGUUCAGAGGUUUAUGUAAGUUAGAACAGCUAAGAGAAUACACUCAUGUGUUAGCUGGUCACGCACAGCGAAGAUGGGUUUCAGAAUUGGACGUGACAGGGGUCUGUGUGCAACACAAUUCGUUUAUUUCUUCACGAAUUGAACUCUGUAAAUAAUAGCAGCAUAAGAAAAUGACAAUUUUGUUCUGCCUAGAAUUUCUAUGAAUUUCUAUGAAUGUUCAGCCUGGAGAAGAGGAGGCUCAGGGGAGACCUCAUUGCUCUCUAUAACUUCCUGAAGGGAGGUUGUAGUGAGCUGGGGGUCGGCCUCUUCUCUCGUGUCAUUAGUGAUAGGACCAGAGGGAAUGGUUUCAAGCUACGGCAGGGGAGAUUCAGGCUGGACAUGAGGAAGUAUUACUUUUCAGAAAGGGUGGUCAGGCACUGGAAUGGACUGCCCAGGGAGGUGGUGGAGUCACCGAGCCUGGGGGUGUUCAAGGAAAGGCUGGAUGUUGUGUUGAGGGACAUGGUUUAGUGGGAGCUACUGGGAAUAGGUGAACGGUUGGACUGGGUGAUCUUUUAGGUCUUUUCCAACCUUGGUGAUUCUAUGAUUCUAUGAUUCUUUUGACGUGCAGUGUCCUAGAGUUUAGUUUUUAAAUAUCACUGUCAAAUAUAGAAGUACUCAUAACCAAUGUGCUCUUCAUGUACAUGAAUUCUCUUGAGGACUGUCACAAGAAUGGGCCAUGGGGGUUUUUUUGUUGCUUUUUUUUUUUUUUCUUUUAAGUGGCAGCACUCGAGUUUUUGUCAUUAUUUUCCCUCCACUUUGCUAGUUUUUUGCCUUGCUACGGCAAAUGGAAAUGUUGCACUGGAUCCUUUUUAUUCAUUCAGUCGUAAAGAUAAGAGCAGCCAACCCAGAUGCUUUAGAUAAUUUUCAGGUUUUACCCACACGGUUUCAUAAUGACUUUGAAAAGAUGGAGGUGAUUUACUACAUAUGACUCUUUCUGAGAAAAAUAGUAGAAAGCAAAUUGCUUAGAAACACUUCAGACAUGAAAGAAACAUGGUUUUAAGUACUCUUUCACUUAAUGUAUAUCCAAAAGAUAAAAGUCUUUUCUGUGUUCCAGAUCAGCACUCUUUGGAAAGAUAACAUAUCGUUCAUGAUAUUAUGGUGCUUUGCUGAUAUCUGCCUAUUGUGAACAGUUCAUCCAGACACUUAAUGAAUUAAUAUUAUUUACUGAAUGCAGUCAUCCUGACAGUAACUAUUUGCUUGCAUAACUUUUCUUUAAUGCUUCUGUAUUAAUGAAAGAGAUGUAUUAUAUAUAUUUAAAGAAUAGUUUCAGUGGUGCCUACUACUGUUCCAUUAGGGAAGCUUUGUUAGCUACACAUCUACAUCAGUGCCCUUCAGGAAACUUAUUUUUCUGUGGCUAUUCCUUAAGGUGACAUGUAGACAAGUGACAUUUGAAAACAUGCUUUCAUGUAAAAAACAUAUUAUCAUGUAAAAAUACUGGUCCUCAUUUUAAUGUGCUCUUAAUAACAAGGCAGCAAAGACAACUUUGCAAAGAGAUUUUAAGUGUAUUCCGUACUCUCCACUGACUUGUGAUAUGAGUUUUACCAGUAGAGUAUGUUAUAUAUUAAGAAAUGGUACCGUUUUUUUUAACUUCCUCCCUUCCCCCUACAGGAAUAAGUAGUACAAACAGAAGCACUGUGUUUGUCUGGCACACACUUGGUAGCUGUGCCCCUUUUUAAUAGCGCUGAUUUAGUUAGUGGUAAAACUUGUGAUGUGGCUGAGAUCUGGUUUUGCAAACAGCCCUCUGAGAACUUGGCUUCCUGUCAAAUUCAUAUCAAAAGUAAUUUUAGCAGUCUGCAUUUUUCUCAGGAAACAAAUUAUUGUCAAUUGCUUUAAAUACAAGGUCAGAUGGAUACUCACGUUCACAUACAAAUGUGUUACAGUUGCUUACGUGUAAACUUUCACUUGUUCAGCUUUCUAAGUUGGCCUUGAAAGAUGGAGAAAGGAUGGGUUAUGAUCAUUUUAGGCUUUCAUUCCCUUUGCUCUUAGUUCUUUCACUGUGUCGGUUUCACUGGCACAGCUGCCCAGAGAGCUGUGGGUGCCCCAUUCCUGGAGGUUCUCAGGGCCGGGCUGGGUGGACCCCGAGCAGCCCAUUUGCAGUGCCAGCCCCCAUCCUGCUCACAGUCAGGAUGGAACAAGUGCCAGCACAGGGGGCUGUGCAGUGCUAAGCAUGUCCCAUUGGAGCAGAACUGGCAGGGGAGCUUAUGGCAGCCGCAGCUGUGGCUGCUCUGUGCUGGGUCUGCCUGAGCUGCCAUGGGUGUUGCAGUCUUAACCCAGAUGCUUCACAACCACCACCAGAUCCUGGCAUCUGCAAAGCCACCCUGCCAUGUUGUAGCUGCACGUGUUGAAACAGCUGCUUGGCGUGGUUGAAAUUAAGUGAUGAUUAUUUUUUUAAUUUCUUAAAAACGUUUUGAGAAUAGCUUUUUGUAUACUUUUAAUAAAAUCUAGCUAUCAACUGUAACAAUUUUCGACCCCAUUAAAUAACAUCUAAAACAGGACUUUGCUCCCUUCACAGCUAUACAAAUAUUCAAAAGCAAGCUUUGCCACUUCAUCCUGUUCUGUGAGUCAGCUGUGUGUGUGUCCAAUGACUUUUGGCCUGGUUUUGGUUUUAGAUGUUUGUAGAUUGCCUGGAUCCCUGUGCCUAUCCAUAUAAACCUCGUGAGCUGGCAAGCUGUAGUUGCCAGGAGUGUGCAUAAACAGAUGUAGCUGAGGCCGUACUGCUAGUUACGUGAGCUUGGCUUGGGUGCACCUGCUUGAUCUGCUCCCACAGUGCUGAGCUUCUACUUCUAGAAGUGAGAACAGAAUUCACUGCUUGCAGUUCAAGUGGAAAGUUAAGGGCUGCUUUCACUUUGGGUGUUCUGCUGUAGACCAUUGGGCUGCUGAUAAAGGACUGAAAUCAGAGUUGGAAAUUGCAGGGCCACUUCUGGAGGGCCUUUUUCUACUGAUAGUGACUGAGCACCUUACUCCUAAUGAACCUCUUGGCUAAAUAGGCCUCAAACAGUCCCUUUUGUUCCAAGGCAAACAGCCCACGCUGCACUGACAUUUAAGAGUCCCCACAACACAGCAGGAGCAGCCAGCUGUGGUCGGGGCUUCAGUCAGACUCAGCAGCUCCCUUCUUUCCUCAGCAGUUCCCCCUUCCUGCAGAGAUGUGAUCUGAGACAAAAAGCAGUGAAAUGUGGCCCCUGGAGACCUGCAGUCCAAAUAGUGCAACACUGCACAUUAAAGAUGCAGCCAAAUGUUGUGACAAUAAGUAAAAGGAGGAUUUGCUUACGUGUAUUUUGCCUUUUUUUCUAUAUUUACCUUUACAUUUUUCCUGUGUACCUUUUUUGCCCGGUGGUAUUGACUGUUUCUCUGCAGCAUCUUCUGAUGUGUCAUACCGUGACAGGUGUCAGAAGGGACACAGCACUGCCGGAUGGUCAUUCUGACAUCCCAGACCUCAGAUGUGUUCUAGAGCAGUUAGAAGAGAGCAUUUGAAAUGUAUGGGAUGAAAAAUGGUGCAGGCCUAGUGAAUAUAGCAUUGUUCAAAGAUGUGGUAAUAAGUUAUUCCGUUUAAGAAUAUAAAAUACAGAACCGCUUUCUCUCCUGCCUUGGUCACACGUUCAAGGGAGUAGUUUUACCUCAAUGCAGUAGUUAUGACUCCAGAUACCCGUGUAUUAAGGUGAGAAGACACCCCUAAAAGUGUGGAUAGUUACAGUAUCCCUAAAUUUGCCUUUCCUGAUUCAGAAUAUAAUGCAUUGUCGGUGAAUUUCAUUUUUAUUAUUCCAAAAUAUAUAUUUUUUAAAAAGUGUUAUUUUUCAACAGAUCCAUAAACUAAGUGUUGGUGUAUGGUAAACUUAAAAUACCACUGUUAGUUACACUGUGAUUGUGAUAUUUUAAUAAUUACAUAUUUCUAAUUUGUCUCAGCCGUGCUGCAGAAGCGGCAUGCUGUUAUGUUUUAAAGGUGUUUUUAACUUGCCUAUAAAUGUUUUUUUUCUAAUUUGUGUCUUUAAAUCUGAUUAAA